UUAAACCCCGUCUGCCUCCUCAGUUAGGUAGUAGUACGCCAGGAGAGAUAAGGAAGGAGAAAACAAAAAGGAAGAAGAGGAGAAGAAGUAGAAAAUGGCGAAUCUCAACUCAGCAAUUGACUCAGUGUUCUGGGACCAGAACCUUUCUUCACCUCAAACCCUCCAAGGCACAGCUCGCUCUGUUCCCGGCGAGCCAUUUCCCGUCGACGGCGCAAGAGCCAGCCGCUCUCACCGCAUUCAACAGCUCUCUCUUCUCCGCGAAGGCUUCCCCCUCGGAGUCAUCCCUGCUUUUGGUCCUUCUUCCGACAAGAGACUCGGCUCUUUCUCUCUCAACUCUCUCUUGCUCUCUCCUUCCUCUUCCAACUGGUGGGCAGGAUUGGUUGGGCAGUUCAAGCCAAAGAAGCUCUUUGCUGAUAUCAAAACUAGUAUCAGCAAGGCAGAGGAGUGGGAUCUACAGCUUUUCAAAAACACAACAAAACACAUUGUAGACAAGUCUCUUUACUCGGUUGGUCUAUGGACUCAGAUUGCACUAGGCUCUUCUUCCUCUCUCUUGCUGAGCGCUGAGCGUCUUGGCGAUAAAGACGGGAUCAGAAAGAAGCUGAUGUUUGUUCAUCCGCUUGAGAAACAUGAUCUCACUGUGGAAGCAGCUUGGCCAGACUUGUUUUUGGACCAUAAAGGACGCUUCUGGGAUGUUCCUGAGUCGUUAAACUUUGAUGUCUCGUCUCUUGCUCCAGAGACGACAGGGCUUCACUACCGUUUUGGUGUACACAAGAGCAAAGGUGAUCCUCAGCAAGUGAACGCUGCUGAGAGUAGUGGUGGUGAUGCUCCUCCUGCUUCUUUGAUGCCUGGUUUAUGCGCCAAGGCUGCGGUUUCAUACAAAGCUAACAGAGUCCUGUGGAGGCCGAAAGAGAAAGAAGAAGAAGAAGAAGAUGAUGAUGUUGAUUCACCUGUUUUUCUUCCUUACGAUUUACGCCUCAAAGAGCCUCACGCAGCAGUUUCAGGAAUAGUAGGUAGCAGCUUGGCAGCUUGGAUUACAGGGCGAGACAUCAUCAUGAAGAGGAGUCCGAUAAGCGCAGAUGUGUUUGGUUCUGCUUGCUGUACGUUUCAGAAAGGGAGGUUUAGUAAGCUGUAUGGUGAUCUAACGAGAGUAGAUGCUCGUGUGGACGUUUCCUCAGCUUCUGCUCUUGCUAAAAGAAUCUUCCACGCAAUCAGAAGAUCUUCAGGUAGUGAGAAAACAGAUGAUGACGCAACAUCAGCAAGUUCUCCCAGGCUCAACCUUAUAUUCCAGCAACAGGUUGCAGGACCAAUCGUUUUCAAAGUUGAUUCGCAGUUUGAGGUUGGUGCAGGGAAGUUCGGUGCAGAAAUGGAAGAUCUGGUCUACAGUUUGAACUACUCGUUGAGGCUUCUCGAGUCUGGGAAAGUCGUGGCUUGGUAUUCACCAAAGAGGAAAGAAGGCAUGGUCGAGCUUCGAGUUUUUGAGUUUUAAAUAUUUUUUUAGUUUCUUUGUAUCAUUAAAUCAGAAGAUGGUAGACAUGGCAAAGUCUUAUUUAAUUGGUUUAACAAGUUCAAGAUCUUUUAUU